AUGUGUAGACUCUCCCUUGCUCGCAAAUCAGGCGAGGUCUACGUCACGCUGCGGUAUUUCCGGCCUCUAGCACCUGAGACGAGGAAUCUGAGUAUUUUAGGUGGAUACCGGCAAAGAAAUUCGAACAGAAACGUCCCCCUACGGAAUUCGCUAGACAGGGCGGAGACCAAGGGAUAUGCAACCCGCUGCUAUCGAACUCCGUUGUGGUCUGGGACGCCCCCUGACAUAGCUGCCUUCAACUGUAAGUUACCGAGCUUGAGAGAGAUAAAUAAUCCUCCAAAGAGCAUUAACUGCAUUUAUCGAAAUUAUUUGGAACGGGAAUGUGGGAGAAUAGCCCGCCUAACUCGCCUCGGGGAGAAGGCAAUCAUCUCGAAGAGUUUUGCCGCACCCGACCUUUCGCAUUCUGUCGCCGCCGUUUCACAUUAUUGUAGCUUCAGAGUCCAUAAAUGGUGUAAUCACUUGGUUCGUUCCAUCUCUCCAGUUCCUUAUCCCCGCGAAUCAAUGGAAGUCUGGUAUCGCAUUGACGACCGCGAUUCUUCGGUCCUCUUCUCCAAUCACUCUAGGGAUGAUUGGGUUCGGGGAGGAGGGUUGAACGAAUAUUAUGAAACCACGACCGGGAGCCGGAAGAGUGGGGCAAACGCCAGAAUUUCAUUUUUUGGUUCUUCAAUAGCCGUCUAUGGCACUAUUGGGACAACUCAAGGGCCAAUCGCAAUCAGCGCCUACUCUAUCGACGAUGGCCCAGAAAUAAUUUUCAAGGCACCUAAUGUGACAUGGAAUCUUUACCAUCAACUCUUUUUCCGAUCCCCGACCCUUCGCAAGGAGAAUCAUACCUUGUUGAUCACGAACAAAGUCGACUUCGAUUUCUUUUGGCUUGAUUACUUCGAGAUCGGUAUGGUCGUAGACGCUCCCUCGCCCACAUCCUUCGACCUUCUUACUGCAGUUUCUACUCUUACGGCCACUCUGAAUUCACAACAAACGACUAGUCCUGCAUGGACUCCUUCUGACGGGAAGACAAUCGCGAUCGUCUCUGUAUCUCUCGGCGCGGUCGCCUUUCUGUCCAUUUUGUUUGGUAUUAUCAUCUUCGUGAAACGAAGGGGCAGCUAUAGGGCAUCAAACUUGGAGAAAGACCGACCUCGACAGAAGUGCAAUGCAGCCCUCUCCGGAAAUUCUCUUCGACCGUUACAACUCUGCAAUGCCCACAGCGCCGCUGGCAGAAAUCUGGGCGUGCCAUCUGCAGCACCCCCUAUGUCGUUCGAGGAAAAUGAUUUUACUAUGAAGCCUAUGAACCCCGAUGAGCCCACUCGAUAUAUCGACGAAAAGAUGAUAAUGCUAAAUCUGGAUCGACUUUCACGAAGCUCUACUUUGGCACAGGAAUACUCCGACAAGGGCGUACCCUCAAUGGAACGAGAUGUUGUCUGA